UCCCCCAGCUUUUUUUUUUUUUUGAUAAUGCAUUUCGAUCAUUAACUAUUUUACUCCUUUAAGUCAGUCUAUUAUUAGUCACAAAUUCCUGAAGUAAAUAACGGCGCUAUUCUAUCUGAAUCCGACGCCAUUUUUUUUAAAUAAUUCACGCGUUUGCUUGUUUCCUUGGAACUGUUGCUAUGGAGUAGAGAACCACGAAACACAGGCCGAAGAGAAAGUUCCGCAGCUAUCGCGGCAGCACAAUGUCAGCUCUUCCUGCAAAGCCUGGGCUGCGCCACAGUGUGUUGGACUGGUCCAGUAACAACUACCAGCUUUCUGCUGUGGCACAACAUGGGCGUCACGUAUCUUCGUCACUCCGACAAGAAGGUCGGUCCCUGCGCAACGAGACGAACUGCACGACAACUUGGGAGGAGGGCGACACCUCUCGGAGGUUGAGUGACCGCAUCUGGGAUGUGUCCCGAUGGAAGGAAACGCUGGAAAGCUGUGCACAGAAGUUAGAUGUGGAGAUGGAAGCCCUGACUCUGUCCAAAGCUCAGACGGAGCAGGCUCUGGCCGCCGCUGCCGUCCCCCUGGAGGUCAGCACUGAGUGCCUGUCGCUGAGGGACGGACGUCGGGGGCUGGAGCUGGUCGCAGACCCUGUGGAUGAAGAGCUGAAGAAAGAAGCCGAGCUGAUUGAAAGAGUUCAACAAACCCUGCAGCAGCACAUCGACCAAGCCUUUGAGCAGCUAUGUAUUCUGCAAGAGGUCAGACACCAGCUGACCGCCGACCUGCAGAACAAGAUGGAGGCCUUGGACAUCGAUAUGUUGUGUUUGUCGCUCACCAAUGAGUCGCCGCAGAUCUCACUGAAGACCAACCCGACUCGCAUCCCGUCUGGAUCGACUACGCCUGAAGAGUGGCUCCAGUUCAGCCAGUUUAAUGUGGCUCGGGCCGAGGAGGCGAUGCAGGUGUCCCAGCAGAUGAGAGAGGACACCAGUCUCAGCCGUGCCCAGCUGCAGAAUGAGCUUGAUGCUCAGCACAGAGCCACUGCGUUCGCUCUGCGGAAAAGGAACCACCAUGAAGCACAAGCCCGCGACGAGCUCCAGUGGCAGCUGAGAAACACUGAGGCUGAGAUAUCAGAAAUGGACUGUGACAUCCAGCGACUGGACGCAGACCUGCAGGCGAAGACGGACUCCCUGAAGCUGGCUCACACCAGGCUGGAAAACCGUACCGGCAGACCCGGUAUGGACCUGUGCAGAGACGAGGUGCAGCUUGGGCUGGUGGGUGAAGUCCAGCAGCUGGAGGCUUCAAUCGCGGCCCUGAGGCUGAAGCUGUCCGAGGCGCAACUUGCACUUCAGAAAAUGUCACUCCAUCACGCCCGCAUGUCAGAGGACCUUUCUCGAAAACAGGAAGCUCUUUUUCUGGAGCAGCGCACCAUGAACACCCGCGCCCGUCUCACACCUGCACCCCCAGGGGACAAGAACCUGGUUCCACUGGUGCCACUCAUGAACUCUAGUGGGAGACGAAACCUACAGCUCUUGACUCAGUAGGAACACUGUCAGCUGUUACAACGCUUUAUUGAAAAACAUUUUAUAAUGUUGAAGUGUGAAAUAGUAUGAGUUUACUAUGUAACACACACUUAAAGAACAGCCCAGAUUCUGGUUCAAAGUUAUUAAAUAUUUUCGCCUUCCAGCGAUUCUUUAUUUUUAUUUAAAUCUGUUCGGUCAACUUGUCCAGUCAUACGAGAUCUUUCAUGUUUUUCUCGGCCAUUAGCUUUAACGACAGGUCUUCAUGUUUGUUCAGAUGUUUUGGAGCGUGGGGGUUGCAAUAAAGUUGUGAACUUUGACCUGUCCACCACAUUUAGAGAGGGGUUUCGCUCCAAAAAACCCACAAACUUUUGAUCCUUCUGGUUUGACUUUUGACAUUCUUUGUCCCGGUCAUUACAUCACUGUGACAAAGAAGCGUAAACACGAGUAUAGUUGGAGAAUUGAGGCACACAACCAAGGGUGGAAAACGUAUUUUAGAAACAAGAAUGGGAAUAAGUACAUACAGAUAAAAGAAGCAUAACUGUAUGACAAAUAAAGCAUUAGGUGGUCAACACGUUUGUGGAGAAAUACAGGGAUCAAUCAACAGAAAAGAGACAGUAACACUAGAACACAGUAGAACAAAUGAUCUGAAAGGAAAUAAAGCAAGAUCUAACACAGAUCUAUAACAGAGAGAAAUGAGCAAGAGGAAGAACCAGUUACCUUCCCGAGCAUGUUCUGGCAAACAGCGCCGGAAACAUUGAGGUUUUAUCCAGGUGAUGCAGCCUAGUUUUCUGAGGUCUGUGCCAUGACGGACGGACGGACGGAUGGAUGGAUUUACAGACAAAAUGGUGAAGAAUGUUUUCACUCGACUACAAAGGUGGACAGCUAGGCCUUCAGUGAGCGAGAACUGAGAAAAUGUUAGGAGGAUAUUACAUCGUAUAGUUUUUUGCGGGGAUUUACUGGUGGCGGUACAUGUUCUAUUCAGAUCACCUCUGGCAGAUUUAAGUCUAGACAACUAGCAGAGGCUCACCUGAGGAUCUAAGGGUCCUACCUGGCUCUUUAGGGGUCAGCAGUUGAUUCUAAAGUGAACAGGCAGCCAGUGCAGAGAGGCUAAUACUGGCGUGAUGUGCUCAACCCCUGCUGUCUGUUGGAGCUG